GAAACUCACGCGAUCAGUUUCCCAAUGUUUCUCUGAUAUUUAGUGCUUUUUCUCUCUGUUUCCCUUUUUGAUUUGUCAGGAAAUGGGAAAUGCCCAUCUGAUUUUUGGUGUCAUAUUAUCAUCAGGAAUCCAUGCCCGUUUCUUUUUCUGCUCAUAAUCUACUUUCCAAGUGUCCUCCUUUUCUCUGUUGUCAUCUUGUCUUUUGUGGUCCGUGUGUCUGCUUGCAUGCGUUUACUCUCUCUCUCUCUCUGUUCGGCUCUUUCUAUGCAGCUGCAACUUGUGUUUUCAUUUCAUAAUAAGAAAUUAAGAAUAUGCAGCGGUUCUUAUUUGUUUUAUCUUCUUUUGGUAAAUUACACUUGAAUCUCUGUGAUGCUUGCGACUUUCCAUGAUAAUAAAAUUUCCCAAUUUUACUCUUAUCUCAUGCAUGCUUUGUGACUCUGAAAAUUAUGUUUUUGCUUAAAAAAUUGCACUAUAUUUCUACCAUUUAUAGAGUCAAAAGCUGUUCCUGCAGUCUCAAAAGGGUCCCUCUGCAUCUAUCUGCAAAUUAUUUGUUCCUCUGCCCAUGGUUUUCUGUUUCUAUUAUUUUUCAUCUUCUGGUAAUAAUUUCUUGUAAUCUAAUCGACUGCUUGUUUGUGUUGCAGAUGAAAGGAAUUUGGGGAUGCGUGGACCAGAAUAUCUUAACUCAGUCCUUGCAUGUUGAAUGGUUUGUCGAGAGUCUAAAUUCUGUGAUUUUUGCUCAUUGUUAAGAGGACCUAGAGAGAAACGCACUUUCGAAUUUUCUUGGUCAUGGGUUAACCCAACUAUGGAGACGAAAGAAUUUAGAAUGGGCUUCACCUUCAUGGGUAGAAAAAGAACGUACAGUUGGAUGUAGGUUUCGUGUGAUUGCAGUAAAAAAGUUGGUUGGCAACUUGGAAUCACAUUAAAUUUGACCGAAGGCUUUAAAGGGGCUCUUGGGUGUUCUUGUUUUGUUCAAUUUGAUCAGUUCGUGGAAGAGAUAUCAGGCAUGGAGCCAUUAAAUCAGAAGAAUCUGGAGAGAGUUGUUUCACAGAGAGCUCUGCAAAUGGGGAAUUCAUUUCCAUGUCAAAUUUGUGUGGCUGGUUUUCUCUGUGGGGUUUGUCUCACAUCUCUGUUUCUGGCUGCUCUCACUUCCGUUGGUAAUUUUGAGUUUGGUGGGAUUUCUAUUUCAACCCUUUCUGCAGGAAUUUCGCCAUGGAAUUCAAGUUCUGAAAUGAUCAGUUUAGUCACAAAUGGAAACCGCGGUGCUAAACCAAAAGAAACUGAUCAGAGGAUAAAUAUAUGGAGAAGUGACAAACACAGUGUCGAUGACAGAGUGUCCCUAAUAUAUUCAGCUUGGAGUGUUUCACUAGAAAAAACAGCUGAUGGAGAGGGGGAGUCCUUGAAAAGACUAAAACCGGGCUCAUCCAGUUUGCCAAAAGCUCCACACUUGGAGAAUUGCAAGUUGAAAGCACAACUAAAUGAGCACUAUGAUAACCGCCCUCGGAACAAGAGCAUUCCUCCUUGGACAGUGUGGAAGGGAUUAUUAAGCACCCACCCAAUGUCUUUGAUCGAUGAGCAGCUGAGAUACUACAGACAACAAGAUAUAUCUGAAGGUGCUUAUCCUCCGUGGAUCACUGGUUCGGAUGAAGAAAAUUAUCCUCUAACAAGGAAAGUGCAGCGUGACAUAUGGAUGCAUCAGCACCCCUCAAAUUGCAGUGAUCCAAAUGUAAAAUUUCUUGUGGCAGACUGGGAGAGAAUACCUGGAUUUGGUAUUGGAGCCCAAAUUGCUGGAAUGUGUGGUCUUCUUGCUAUAGCAAUAAAUGAGAAAAGAGUCCUGGUCACGAACUACUACAAUCGGGCUGACCAUGAAGGCUGCAAAGGUCAAUCCCACUCUAGCUGGUCUUGUUACUUCUUUCCAGAAACAUCCCAAGAGUGCCGAGACCGUGCUUUUGAUCUUUUGCAGAGAAAAGAAGCAUGGGAAAUGGGAAUUGUAACGGGGAAAGAAAAUUAUACUUCAAAAGAGAUAUGGGCUGGACGAACUCCAAGGGUUUGGGGAACCCCAUGGAGUUAUUUGCAGCCAACUACAGAAAUAAAUGGGAGUUUAGUUUCUUAUCAUCGCAAAAUGGAUCGUAGGUGGUGGCGAGCACAGGCAGUACGCUACCUUAUGAGGUUCCAGACCGAAUAUACAUGUGGCUUAUUGAAUGUUGCAAGGCACGCUGCGUUUGGACGGGAAGCUGCAAAAAUGGUUCUUGCAAAUGCUGCCAGAGAAUGGCCUGAGGAUGUUAUAAACAAGCCCAGUUCUGGCAUUGAAGAAUUUGUGUGGUCAAAUCACAAACCAUGGAUCCCAAGGCCGCUGCUAAGCAUGCAUGUCAGAAUGGGAGACAAGGCAUGUGAAAUGAAGGUUUCUCAAUUUGAAGAGUACAUGCGUCUCGCCGACCGCAUCAGAAAGCACUUUCCACAGCUCAACAGUAUCUGGCUUUCAACUGAAAUGCAGGAAGUCAUAGAUAAAUUGAAACAGUACCCCCAUUGGAACUUCUACUACACAAAUGUGACGCGCCAAGUGGGAAACAUGACAAUGGCCACUUAUGAAGCAAGUCUCGGAAGAGAAACCAGCACAAAUUAUCCGCUCGUUAAUUUCUUGAUGGCCUCUGAAGCAGACUUCUUUGUCGGAGCAUUGGGUUCCACUUGGUGUUUUCUUAUCGAUGGCAUGAGAAAUACUGGAGGAAAAGUCAUGGCUGGAUACUUGAGUGUCAAUAAAGAUCGGUUUUGGUAGAUUUUCAUGUAAAGCUAGCUGCCAGAUAAGUCUGUAUAUUAGAUGACGUUCUUCAAAUAUUUUUGUGUAGUUUGGGUAUUAGCUUUUUCAUAUAUGCCUAUGUUUAUAUCUAUUGCACAUAUAUUCCAUACUCAUAGAAUGGCGAUGUAUAUAUAGAUGUAGUUAUUGCACAACAAAAUAAAGACGAUGAUGAUGAUAAUUAUUGCAAGGGCAUGAUAAAAUAUAUAUCAAAUAACAUGCUUCCCUUA